GCUACAAAUUGAGUGCUCGCGCGUCUUUAUCAAUGAAGUAGUAAAGACAGCUGGGCUACAACACAACACAACACCAGAGAAAAUAGAAUAAUACCGAAACUUGAACUACUCCCUACCUCAUAUUAUUUGGAUUGUAUUUGUUAUUCACUGUUAGUGUCACUUCAGCUGGGACUUGGAGCAGAAAUCAGAAAAACCGACUCAAAAUGAAAUGCGUUAUAGGAAUUGGCGGUGUGACCAAUGGUGGGAAAACCACAUUGACAAAUAGGCUGAUCAAGUCACUACCUAACUGUUGUGUGGUGCAUCAAGAUGACUUUUUCAAGAAACCUGAUCAGAUAGAAGUCGGGGAGGACGGCUUUAGACAGUGGGAUGUGAUCACAGCGUUGGACAUGGAGUCCAUGGUGAACACGAUUCGAGGCUGGACUGAGAACCCAGUGAAGUUUGCCCACUCCCACGGUGUCAACGUGUCCCCUUCCACAGAGGUUGCCGACCCAGAGCAGCAGAUCCACAUUCUGAUCGUGGAGGGCUUCCUUCUGUACAACUACAAGCCCCUGAUGGACGUGUACAACAAGUGCUACUACAUCUCCAUUCCAUACGAAGAGUGCAAAAGGAGGAGAAGUACAAGACAAUACACCGUCCCUGACCCCCCUGGCCUGUUUGAAGGCCAUGUGUGGCCCAUGUACUUGAAGCACAGGAAUGAGAUGGUUGAGAGCUGUUUAGACAUUGCGUAUCUGGAUGGUUUGAAAUCAAAGGAAGAUCUCUACAGCCAGGUGUAUGAGGACAUCCAGAAUACACUGUUGAAUCGUUUAUAGCAGGAACUCAAUCUCCAAACCUGUAUAGACCUGUAAAUAGCACCAAGACUGAAGAUGUCGUUUUUUUAAAUUAAAGCAUUCUUUUUUUAAAUUGUAUUCCUUAUUCUGUUGAUAGUAUUGAAGGAAUGUUAACUUAUGUUUUACAGAAUAAUCAUUUCUGUUUGUUUUCUUAUCUAAUCUCUUGUUACUCCAUUACUUCUGUUAAUUAAACCACUGCCUAGUAUCAGAGGUAGAGGGUUUACUCUUACAAAAAUCUGCCCAUGAAAAUAUUUUUGUAUGGAGGCCACAAAAAAAAUAGGGUUUGCUAAAUCUCCAAAUAAGGCUUAUUUGAUCAAUUAGAAGUUUCAUGGUUAGUUGUUUUGAAUGCACUGAUAUGUGGACACAUGGCAUUUUGUUAGCUUUGAGAAAAACAAAUCUUUAAAUCGGAGUUGUGCCUGUACAUCUGCCCUCUCAUUGGCUAGAAUGGUCCCACCUGAACUGGCUGUGUCUUCCAUCGUUGAGGACAUGUAUUUACUUUGUUAGUCAAGUGACCACUCUAUUCUAUCUUAUGAAUAUAAUACAUGUUUGCUAGUAUGUACUUGCCUGCGUUUGGCAGGUAAAUUGUCCAUCUCAAAUUAAAUUGGGUUGUUGCUAUUCUGAGACUUUUCAAUGUUA